AUGUUGAUGCUCACUAGCAAUUCCUUUAAUUUACCUGUUCCUCAACCACCUGGAUUCUUGCUUCCACACAAUCAUGGCGUCGAGUCAAGCGAAUGUCCAAUGAGGAAUCAAUCGACGGAUUGGAUUUCUGAUUCAGUGGCGAUUUUGGGUUAUGCAAAGUUCACGACUUUCCGAUUUCGAGGCUUUGGUGUUGUCUCUGCACAACCAUGCGUGAACAAUGCGUUUUUCAGACCCAAUAGUACUUACGACACGAACCGCGGCCAUAUCCUCUCUUCUCUUGCUUCAAACGCCACGGCUCAAAACGGCUUCUACAAUGGUUCCGUUGGCCAAGGACUUGAUCGAGUGUAUGGAGUUGGGAUGUGUAUUCCAGGUGCUGAACCAAAGCUCUGCUCAGAGUGUAUCCAGGAGGCGUCUGACGGGUUACUACAGAGCUGUCCUAACCAAACAGAAGCCUAUACCUGGUCUGGUGGAGGUAAAACUCUUUGUAUGGCAAGUUACUCCAACCGUUCGUUAUCUGGCUCACUUGAUAUGGACCCUCCUUCUUUGGGGUACAAUACUGGCGAUAUUAAAACUAACUCAACAGAGUUUGAUAGAAGAUGGGAAGAGUUAAUGCAGAGAAUGAUAACCAAGGCUUCCACUGGCAAAGACGCAUCGUUGUCUGAUCGUAAGUACUAUGCAGCCGACGUAGCAGCCUUGACAGCUUUCCAGAAUAUCUACGCGUUAAUGCAAUGUACGCCGGAUUUAUCUUCGAGGGACUGUAAAACCUGUCUAGGGACAAGUGUUGGUGACUAUGAGAGCUGCUGCCAUGGGAGGCAAGGUGGCUAUGUGUUUAGGCCGAGCUGUAUUUUCCGGUGGGAUUUGUAUCCGUUUAACGGGGCUUUCGAUCAUAUUACAUCGGCAGUGCCACCGGCAUCUCCUCCAGCUUCUUUGAAAUCCAACGCAACCAUCAUAAACCAGAAAGAUAGCAAAACAAUCUCAAAAGGAGUCAUCGUGGCAAUUGUUGUUUCAGCUGUAAUUGUCUUAUUGGUACUUGCUUCUCUAGGACUUGCUGUUUGCAGGAGGAGGAAGUCAUACCAGUCACUUGAUCAUCAGUCUGCCAUUGAUAUUAGGACUACUCAGUCACUGCAAUAUGAUCUUAAGACAAUAGAAGCUGCAACAAAUAAGUUUUCAGGGAGCAACAAGAUCGGUCAGGGUGGAUUUGGAGAAGUUUUCAAGGGCGUGCUUCCAGACGGGACAGAAGUCGCUGUGAAAAGGCUGUCAAAAACAACGAGUCAAGGCGCACGAGAGUUCAAGAACGAGGCUGUUCUGGUGGCGAAGCUUCAGCACAGGAAUCUGGUUAGGCUUCUCGGAUUUUGUGUAGAAGGUGAAGAGAAGAUACUCGUCUACGAAUUUGUGCCCAACAAAAGCCUUGAUUACUUCCUUUUUGACCCUUCAAAACAAUGCGAACUGGACUGGACAACACGUUACAACAUCAUUGGAGGGAUUGCUAGAGGGAUUCUAUAUCUUCAUCAAGAUUCACGGCUCACAAUCAUACACCGUGACCUCAAAGCGAGUAACAUUCUCUUAGAUGCUGAUAUGAGCCCAAAAGUUGCAGACUUUGGAAUUGCAAGGAUUUUUGGGAUGGACGAAACUCAAGCUGAGACAAGCAGAAUUGUUGGAACCUAUGGUUAUAUGUCUCCGGAGUAUGCAAUGAAGGGUCAUUUCUCUGUGAAGUCUGAUGUCUACAGCUUUGGAGUCUUAAUUCUUGAGAUUAUAACCGGCAAGAGAAACAGUAGCAUGGACCAAACGGACGGCAAUGCUUGCAACUUGGUCACUUAUGCCUGGAGGCUUUGGAGAGAGGGUUCACCAUUAGAGCUUGUGGAUCCAGCCAUUGGAGAGAACUAUCAUAGCAAUGAAGCAACAAGAUGCAUCCAUAUUGCGUUGUUAUGUGUUCAACAAGAUCCUGCAGAUCGUCCGACAUUGGCUUCAAUCAUCUUGAUGCUCACUAGUGACACAAUUACUCUACCGGUGCCUCGACAACCUGGAUUUUUCUUCCAGAGUAUACUUGAUCAAGACUUUGUAGCCGAGAGGAGUCAAUCUACAGGAAGGUCGAUUCCUUAUUCUGUUAAUGACGUGUCGAUUACUGAUUUAGAGCCUCGUUGA